CCGGCGCUUUAAACCAAAAAGGUAACUCGGAAGCAAUUGCUAGCAGUAUGUUUUUCAAUCAGCGAACAGUUGCUCUGUUGGCGGUCGUAUUGGUCAUUUCUAUCUCUCACAUUGAGGCCUUGCCGUCCCAGGUGAACACGUGUACGUACCGUGAACAGUAUUACAUUGAGGGUGAUAGAAUCCAAGGUGCUACACUCACAUGUACGUGUAGAAAUGCCAAGUGGUCUGAGUGCACGGUUCAUGCGGAAGAGACCCUUAGUGAAGCAUUGAACAACCCUUCGCCUCCUUCUAGUGCAUUAAGUUACGACAUCGGAAGCAACCAGAUCACCGACAAGGUGGAGAAUUCUCUCACUGAGGCCUCGCCAUCCCAAGUGAACACGUGUACGUAUCGUGAACAGUAUUACAUUGAGGGCGAUAGAAUCCAAGGUGCUACACUCACAUGCACGUGUAGAAAUGCCAUGUGGUCUGAGUGCACGGUUAAUGCGGAAGAGACCCUCAAUAGCGAAGCCUUGAACAAUCCUUCGCCACCUACUAGUGUAUCAAGUUACGACAACGGCAACAACCAGAACACCGACAAAGUGGAGAAUGUUAACUUAGACAGCCAGGAUAGCGCCGGUAUGGACAUGGAGAGCAUGAACAUGAAAGAGAGUACAAAAUACUAUGCGCCCACGGGCAUGAACGAGUACCUUGUAGGCGCUAAAGCCUCGUUCAAUCGGUUCUUAUACAAUUUUGACAACGAAGAUUUUGUCUUUGAUUUCUCGGAUUCGAAUGCCGUACCUGUGGAUUCCACUGGCAACGGAGGUACUAUACAACCCGUUGAUAUCGAAGGUUUCCCAGUUAUGCAGCUGGCCGAUAUGGCUUACUCACGCUUCAGUAUCGGUCCAUGCGGCAUCAACCUGCCUCACUUGCAUCCGAGAGGCACUGAGUCCCUCUAUGUGAUCGACGGAAUGCUCACAGUUGGAUUCGUCGCCGAAAGCGGUCGCCUUGUUCUCAAUGACAUCGAGAAGGAUCAGACCACCUUCUUCCCCAAGGGCCUCAUGCACUAUCAGCAGAAUAUGCAAUGCGUGCCCGCGAACUUCAUCUCCAUUCUCGACACUUGUGACCCAGGGGUGCUUGUUAUCACCGAAUCUCUCAAUGCUCUACCUGACGAAGCACUUACUGCCACAUUCGGUGAGGAUCAAGAGUUUAUCAAUCAGCUUCGUUUGGGUUUACCCGAUGGGCCCGCGCGAGCCCGUUCGGAGUGUUUGAAACGAUGCGGGCUGUCUAGUGAUACUCCUCUCGAGAACGGAGAGACUGGGACAAACACCAACGGCUAUAAUAACGAUAAUUCCAACAACAACAAUGAUAAUAAUGUGUACAACAAUGGAUAUCGAAAAAGAAAGUAGUGUGUACAGUAAUCACACGAUAAUACCGUAAGGGAUGCAUGGGGCUGGUUUGUAAGCUCAUCUUGUAACAGCUUGCGGGCAAGUCGGCAACAAGAAUUUAGAACCGAAUGGACAACACAUCAAAUAAUUAUUGGUUGACAGCGCAUUGAAUAAAUCCA